GUAUGUAUUUUGUAUUCUAUAGGAACUACAUUUUUUCUUUCUAUGAAUCAUAUGGACAUGUACCUUAGGGUGUGAGUGCAAGUGCAAAUUUGUAACUUUUUACUAUAGUAAAGUUUUUUCUGAGCACUUUUAGGAUUUGUUUGAAUCUUCAAGUUAUUCAAUUAAUUUGGAAGACUUAACUGUUAAUUUAAAAAAGUUUUUAGCAAAUGGCAUAGCGGUUUGUCCGUAUUUAAACAUUGUUUGAAGUUCUUCUAAAAUGACUUCAUUACUAUUACAAAAACGAAUUAGUCUAUGAAUACAUCACUGAGUUACAACAACGAAGAUUAGUUGAAAAACAAACAUUGGUACGACAACGUAGUAUUAUGGAAUCGGAACAUCAACCUAAAUUGAGUCCAAUAAGGGCGUACCAAGUUCUUCUUGCAAACACAAUGGAACCUGAAGAUACAUACACAAGUCUUUCUGAGUAUCAUGAUUAUGAACCUAGUUUAGAAUUCGAUGAUUCUGAAUUGAUACAGGCUUCAGGAUUGGCACCGUUGCCACCUGAACUGCUCGACAUACCCGACGAUCUCCUGGAGCGGUCGGCUAGCGACGGAACUAUUGAAGAGAAUUUUGAAAAGGAACUCGCCAAACCACCUCAAGUAUACGCUGAGAUAGCUGCCUCAUCGUUAGACGGCGAUUGCUGCUGUGAACUUUCUGGCACUGGUUUAGUCGAGGUGGUGGGCGAUGACGAAGUAGGCCGCCGCAUCAUCGUGGUGUCAGCUUGCCGUCUUCCCCCCAGUAAAGACCUGCAUCCAGACGAUCUCCUAAGGUACCUAGUGUGUACUUUGGAUAAAUAUGUGGAGCAAGAUUAUAGUGUUGUGUAUUUUCAUUAUGGUCUAACAAGCAAGAACAAGCCACCUCUCUCUUGGCUAUGGAAAGCUUACAAAGCUUUCGAAAGAAAAUACAAGAAAAAUCUUAAAGCACUAUAUUUAGUGCAUCCUACAAAUUUCAUACGCAUUGUCUGGCAAAUGCUUAAACCAGCAAUAAGCGUGAAAUUUGGCAGAAAGAUGAUGUAUGUAAACUAUUUACAUGAAUUACAACAAUAUUUAGAUUUGGAUAAACUUUGCAUUCCCGAACAAGUUCUAGAGUACGACAAGUUACUGCUGUCGAAGAAUCCGCGAGUUGCUGAGAUGGCGCGUCAGAAAGCCGAGCGUUCCGCGAUGAGCCAAGACGAAGCCCGAGCUUUACCCGAACCGAGCUCGUCUGCCCCGAAAACACAGCAGUUCGGGGUUUCUCUGCAAUUCAUUAGAGAAAACAAUUCUAACAUGGUCGACUCCAUACCACCUAUCGUGAGGGAUUGCGUCGAGUUUCUCUCUAGGCCCGAGAUUUUGGAGACGGAGGGUCUCUUCAGGCGAUCAGCGAACAUCGUGGCUGUGAAAGAGAUUCAAAGCGCGUGCAACAGGGGGGAACCUGUUUGCUUCAGAGACGAUCCCACUAACGCUGCGGUAUUACUGAAGACCUUUCUCCGUGACCUGGAGGAACCUCUGCUGACCUUUGACCUCUACGAUGAUAUCGUACAAUUUCUUUCAUGGCCGAAUAGAGACAAGCCGCGUCUGGUGAAGGUUAUGAUCCUUGAGAGGCUGCCGCUUGAGAACUAUAAGCUCUUGAAGUACAUCUUCCAGUUCCUGUGGAAGGUUCAAGAUAGAAGCUGCGUGAACAAGAUGACGAGCAGCAAUUUGGCGGUUGUCUUCGGACCGAAUCUCUGCAGGGCGCCAUCUGGUGUGAUGUCACUGUCAGCUAUCGCACCCAUAAACGCAUUCACCGAUUUCCUCCUAGAGAACCAGGAAUCCAUCUUCAUUAUAUAAACAUACCAGAUCCUCUGGCUUUAAUAUGGAUGCCAAAUAACAUGUAGUUUACCUGAAUUCAAGUUCAAAGUAUUUAUGUUAGAUCAUAGUCCUUAUAAAAUGUUAAAUGGUUUAUUGUUUUAAUGUCGUUAGUGUCAUGUAGUGUUAGUCAAUUAUUGUGACAACAGUAUUGUUGCAUAUCAUCCGUUGAGCUGGUUUAUGUUAGUAACACUGUUAUCAGGUAACAAAGUCGACCUGACAAUAAAUGUGGGGAUGUGACCUUUACAGAUAUGCUAACUAAGCAAUACAAUAAUAUGUGAAAUUGAAUUUACUAACAUGAACUCAAUUAUGCUCAUUUUAUUAAUAAAAAUAGAUACAAUUGAUGUUUAUUACAACCUAUAAUAUAUCAUGGUUAGUAUGUUUUAAAUUAAGCUCCAUAUUAUGGUUUCAUGGCCUAUCAAUAAUUUUAUGAAAACUUGAAUGAAAACUAGCUUUUUAUUAUAAAUAAUUUGAGGCUUCUGUUUCUUUUUGAUUAUAGUGAUCAAAAAUAAAAGCGUACAUUUAGCACAACAUUGACAAGAUACUAUUCUUAUUAUACAGACAAUGCAUCGAUUUAAGAAAGAUUUGAUACUUUAAAAACGUUUUUCUAAUAUAUUUUCUAUUUUUUUUUUAUAAGCCGAAGUAUCUACUAUCGUAAUUAAAUUACAGGUACCCAUGUUAUAUUCUAAAUAAGUUUAAUAUUGUUAAAAUAAAAUAUAGCUAGUAAGGAAUUUAGAUGGAAAUUCUUAUUGUAGAGACAAUCUUUUUUGGUGAGGGUUUAAAUCGAAGUAUACACAUCAAACCUUUUAGACUUGUAUCUACUAACUAGAACUAUAAAAAUGUAUGUCUACUUAUAUUAAUGAGAAUGUGUAUAACAUGUACAUAGUAUACACAUUUUUGAUCAUGUUACAUUAGUUUAUCAUUAGGAAAGCUUAAUAUGUCCAUAAUAAUAGCACCGUUUUAAUAAUUCCCUAGUUUUUGUUAUUCUUGAAGAUUUUCUUCUCGUUUGUUUAUUUACUCUCAGACUAAUCUCAAUUUAUAAUGCCAAACAGGAUAGUAAUAUUUAAUAAAAUUCCAAAGUCAAAUUUAUCUAGGUUUAAAUUUUAACAUGUAACUCGUAAUUACUUUUGGUUAUGUUAAUGCUGAUUAAUAUUUAUAAAGCGUGAACUGAUUUUAUAAUUGGUAGAACCUUGGAUUUUAAUUAUUAAUAGCAAUUGAAUCUUUCCUUUAUAUAUCUUUUUCUUUUUAUAUAUUUUAUAUAUACUAUUAUAUAAUUUGUAUUGUAAACAUUCCUUGAUGGGGAUUGAGUUUGAAUGACUGAUGUAAAAACUUAAAAUUGGGUUAAAUUUCAAUGAUCAUAACAGGUUUCAUUAAACAUAAUUUUCAGAGUUUAUUACUUCAUAUCAAUAUAAUUUGUACUUCUAUGAUGUUCCUUGUAUUCCAUCAUCCAAGGUAAAUCCUUGCUUGCAUUUCCUUGAUUCCGCCCAAUUCAAACUUUUUUGGUGUAAUACUUAAAUGGAAUUGAUAAUAAUUUGAAUAAAUUCCAUUUAUGAAUGAACCUCUUGAAAAAAGUAUUUAUAAUGUUACAUAGUUUUUUGUGUACAUUAUACUUGCAUAAAUUUCUUGUCUAUAGCCUUGUCAUGAAUAUGGUAGCCAUAAGUUGAUAAGUAUAUUAUUUAUAUAUUUAUUCCUUGUUAUUUAUAAUAGUAUAUUUUUAUAUAUUUUUAAGUACCAUUCCUGUACGAUUUAAACUUUACUACUGGCUAAGGAAUACAUUCCAGUUUAAAAUGUAUAUCGCCAUCUGAAAUUUUAUGUCUCUCUGGUUUUAUUUCUCAUAUUUAUUUAAUGAAGUAUGUUAUUCCCAAGUAAAUUAUUGGGAAACGAUUGCGACAAGGUAAACAUGGAUUAUGUAAAGUGGUAAGUUUUUAUAUAACGAGAGUUUUGUAUAUUGAACAAUGUUAGAAGUUGUAAGAUUGUAAGGCUGUGGGUAUGUGCUGUUUAGGUCUGUCAAUAACAAUAGCGAAAAUAUUGUAUAUUCUUAUAUGAACAUUUUUAAUAUCCUCAAAUUCUGAUUAAUUGUAUUUAUUACUUGGCCCAUAACCCUGUCUACAUGAAAUAUUUUUUUUAUAUUUAUAAUAUGAUUAUUGUGUGACUUUUAAUGACUUAUGAAUCUCAUCUUUAUUAUUUUUAUUUUGGUUCGAUUUUAACUGGUAUCUAAUCAUAAUAAAUAAAAUUAUGAUUAAAAUAAAUAAAUUGAUGUAUCUGUGAAACUUCAUAAUAUUUUGUUUGAAAUAACGAGGACCGCAUAUGUAUUUUAAUUAAGAGCCGGUAAUAGUCUUCAAAUAAGUUAUCUGAUAUUGAUUUGUCUAUUCUGUUCCUAUUUAUAUGACGACCUUCCAUUGUCUGCCAUCAAUAGCUCAGCCUCAGCUUACCUGUUUGUGUAACUCAAAGGAAAUUAUCACACUAUUUUAAGAAUUAUAUUGUUCAUUCAUGUAACAUCUUAUAAUAUUUAAGCUCGUAAUAAUAUUGGAAUUGGCGAUUUUAAAUAAAUGUGAUGCAAAUUA